UAAACUUUCAGUAUAUACUGAGCAUCUGAUUAGAACUCCUUCUCAAUGAUCUACAAAAUUUGUAAAUGGGGUAUAUGUGAACCUGUCAUAUGAUCAUUAACACUGUGAACUCGAUUACUGGUGCAUACAGCAGCAUUAGAGUGAAUUUGGUAUCAGCAUACAUGAAAACCAUGUCUUUUGAUCUAGACAGCAGCACCUGUCCAAAGAGUCUCCUAACUAAGUCUUGCUCAGCAAAUAGCACAACCUGGCUAGUCAAGCAGAACACAUGCAAUGAAGUGGCUCAGGGAAUAAAUGGAAACGUGCCAGUUAAACAGUCCCCACGUUCAGCUUCAAGUCCAAAGCCACAAGUGCCUCCAAAGCCAGUGCAUCUGCAGAAUUCAUUUUUAUCCAUCACACACCAAACCCCUACACGGAAAGCUUUACCUACUGCACAACCAAGAAUGGAGGAAGUCACACCUACCUCUGUUUCUUGUGUGUCAAAGGAAAAACCCAGCAAGGUGUCAGAUCUCAUCAGUCGUUUUGAAGGAGGCGGUCCCUCAAGUCCUAGUGAUUUGAAGAAAGAAUCCUCUGUUGUAAAGGUUGCUAAAUCUCAAGGAAGAUAUGAGUCAGCAUCACCUCAGCCAAAACUCAUCUCCCAACACCCACUACAAAAGCAGGGAAAUAAUACAGAUCAAACUCAGGUUGUACAGAAACACACGGCCAAUGGAGUAGUAGCACAAAGCCAGAUGGAAUGCAAUGACAAUAAAUUACUGGAACAUAGCACCAAUACAUCCACUCCAGCUUCAGAUAUUGUAAUCAACAGUAACUUAGUAAAUGGGGAACAAGAAAGCACUACUACAGAACCACUGCAAGCUACAAUGAUCUGCACAGGACAAACUCUUGACUGCUGCAGGACUCCAGGCAGGGACACACUGUUCCCAUCUGAAAAUGAAACUGUAGAAACUAAUACUAAUGUAGAGGAAAAACAGAAUGAGGAACUCAGUAAGGAAGAUGAGCAUGUAGAAGCAAAGGAGACAGAUGAGCAGAAACGUCACAAAAUUGCCGAUGAGCUUUUGCAUACAGAAAGAGCCUACGUCAGCCGACUUGACCUCUUAGACAAGGUAUUCUAUGGCAAACUAUUGGAGGAAGCUUACAGGGGUUCAUUUCCAGCUGAGGUGGUCAAUAAAAUCUUUUCUAAUAUUUCAUCAAUCAACGCCUUCCACAGUAAAUUCUUGCUUCCGGAGCUUGAGAAAAGAAUGCAAGAAUGGGCUGAAACCCCCAGAAUUGGAGAUAUUCUGCAGAAGUUAGCUCCUUUCCUCAAGAUGUAUGGAGAGUAUGUGAAAAACUUUGAUAAUGCAAUGGAACUGGUGAAAAUGUGGACUGAGCGGUCUCCUCUAUUCAAAUCCAUUAUUCAGGACAUUCAGACACAAAAAGUCUGUGGGAGUUUGACAUUGCAACAUCAUAUGCUAGAACCAGUACAACGCAUUCCACGCUAUGAGAUGCUACUAAAGGACUACCUAAGGAAACUGCCUCAAGAUUCCCCAGACUGGAAGGAUGCUGAAAAAUCCCUGGAAAUUAUAUCCACAGCAGCCAGUCAUUCCAAUAGUGCUAUACGAAAAAUGGAGAAUCUAAAGAAGUUGCUGGAGGUGUAUGAGAUGUUGGGAGAAGAGGAAGAUAUUGUCAACCCCUCAAAUGAGCUGAUAAAAGAAGGACAGAUCCUUAAACUUGCUGCUCGUAAUACAUCAGCCCAAGAACGAUACCUUUUCUUAUUCAACAACAUGUUGCUGUAUUGUGUACCCAAAUUCAGUUUGGUGGGAUCAAAGUACUCAGUACGAACAAGAGUUGGUAUUGAUGGUAUGAAGAUUAUAGAAACACACAAUGAAGAAUAUCCAUGCACCUUCCAGGUGUCUGGAAAAGAGCGAACACUGGAGUUGCAGGCCAGUUCUGAACAAGAUAAGGAAGAAUGGAUAAAGGCUCUUCAGAAUACCAUAGAAGCUUUUCAGCAGAGGAAUGAAACCUUCAGAAAUGCCAUUGCAAAAGAAUAUGAGGACAUGCCCAUUGAAGUUUCUAAGGCUGAGCUUGGGAAGAGAGCACCAAGAUGGAUCCGAGACAAUGAAGUAACAAUGUGCAUGAAAUGCAAGGAGCCCUUCAAUGCACUGACAAGGAGACGGCAUCAUUGUCGAGCAUGUGGACAUGUGGUUUGCUGGAAAUGUUCUGAUUAUAAAGCUCAACUUGAAUAUGAUGGCAAUAAAUUGAACAAAGUUUGUAAGGACUGCUAUCAGAUUAUAAGGGGUUGCACAGAUAGUGAAGAAAAGAAAAAAAGAGGCAUCUUGGAGAUUGAAUCAGCUGAAGUCUCUGGAAACAGUGUCAUAUGUAGCUUUCUUCAAUAUAUGGAAAAAUCAAAGCCUUGGCAGAAAGCUUGGUGUGUUAUUCCUAAACAUGAAGCUCUCGUGCUGUACAUGUAUGGUGCUCCACAGGAUGUUAAAGCUUUGGCUACAAUUCCACUACUGGGCUAUGCAGUAGAUGACACUCCAAGAAGUGCUGACCUCCCACAUAGCUUUAAACUGACCCAGUCCAAAUCUGUACACAGCUUUGCAGCAGACAGCGAGGAACUGAAAGAGAAAUGGCUGAAAGUCAUCCAUUUAGCUGUCAGAGGUGAGACACCAGAAUGUCAAAAUGAAUUGCAGAUGAGUUUAGAGGAACAGCCUGAAUCUUCUAAAAAAUCUGAAUGCUGAAGCUCAAGACCAUGUUGUGUUUUAAAAUAAUCCAGUCAGAUUCUUGGUUGAUUUUUCUUUGUUCAAGCAAAAGAAGCAAAUUCUCCAACUACUACAUGCAUCUCUUAGCACUUUAUGUUGAAAAGAUACUGAUCUAUUUAGAGAUCAUUUUCUUAUAUUUAUGUUCUGUCAAUAAAGUUUAAUGUACAGAUCCAUUCCACAGAAUUUUAUUUUAAAACAUAAAUGCCAUUAAAAGAACAAAACCUAUUAACUUUA